GCGGCAGUGCCGGAGCCGCCCCUUCCGCAGCCUUCUCGGCACCUCGCAGCCGCCGCCUCAGCACACCCAGGCCCCGAGCCCUGACCAGCAGCUACCUUGGGUGUCUGCCGCCUUCGCGGCCAUGGCGGACGGUGCGGGCGCGGGGGGCGCAGGGGGCGGCGGCGCGGGCCCGGCGGGGGCGGCGGGGGGUGGCGGGGGUCCCCUCAACCCCGCCUCGCUGCCCCCCGGAGACCCGCAGCUCAUCGCGCUCAUCGUGGAGCAGCUCAAGAGCCGGGGCCUGUUUGACAGCUUCCGCCGAGACUGUCUGGCGGAUGUGGACACCAAGCCGGCUUACCAAAACCUGAGGCAGAAAGUGGACAAUUUUGUGUCGACACAUCUGGACAAGCAGGAGUGGAGCCCUGCGAUGAGCAAGAACCAGCUGCGGAAUGGGCUCCGGCAGAGCGUGGUUCAGUCUGGGAUGCUGGAAGCCGGUGUGGAUAGAAUCAUCUCGCAGGUGGUGGACCCCAAGCUGAACCACAUCUUCAGGCCACAGAUAGAACGAGCGAUCCACGAGUUCCUGGCGGCCCAGAAGAAGGAAGCCGUGCCAGCGCCCCCUCCGGAGCCUGAUGGCCAGGAGCCCUCGGCGUCGGCCCAGGACGCUCCCUAAGCCCGAGCAGGCUUGCCGUCCUUCAGGACCUUCCUCAAACUCAUGAAGCAGAGCGUUUCGGUUACAGAAGGGAACAAACUGAAUGAAGACGGGCCCCUAGCAUCAUGGACUCCAAGACUCAGCUCUGAGGGGUGGGGGUCAGGGGACAGUGCCAGCUGGGGGCCAAGGCAGGCAGCACGAUGCCACCACCCUGCCCACGGGGACAGCUAGUCAACACUACAGAGGCGCAGAGAAGCACAGCAGCCCGAGGCUGGCCUGAAGCAAGCCUUUAUGUUUGGACUUGAGAAUGCCAGGGGCUCUUGGGGUCUGUCCCCUCCUCAGGAGUGCGGCUCCAGUGAGCCGGCUGGGGUGGGCGUGACGGGCAGGACUUGGCUGCUGUACUUCUCAGAGGUGCAGGCUGCAUCAGCUCCCUGACUGAGGUGUUGUUGUUUUAUUUUGUUUUAUUUUGGAUCAGAGCCCUGCUCAGCUCUGGCUGAUGGUGGUGCUAGGGCUUGAACCUGAGACCUCAGAGCCCAGGGUGUGCAAACCCUUUGCAUAACUAUUGUGCUGUCUCCUCAGCCCUCACUGAGCUUUAAAGCGGUUGUGAGCCUCUGGUCCGGGAGUCCUGCCGUCCCCGGACAGUCCUACCAGCGCCAAGUCUCUGGGGGUUUCACAUGUAGUUUUCGGGAACGUCGAAAUAAAGGCUUAUGGUUUUGUAAUAAA